AUUACUUUGUCGUAAUUUCUUUUUUACCACUAUAAAUAUGUAUGUCACUGCGGUUACUACUAUAAAAUAGGUUAGAAUCGUUAAAAAUUUAACGCUAUACCCCUUUUCAUGGAUUCCAUCUGUCGCUAGCGACAAUCGUGAUCACGUGACCUUUUUGUCGCUUAAAAUGAGCGUCGAGCGUCAGCAUGAAAAGGCACCUUAAAAGAACGCACGGAGGGAGUUAGCGGUCUAGUGUUAUAUAGAAGUCUGUGGUCGGCAGUGAUGCCGUUUGAGAACGUCAGCCACAUCGCGACAGCGGUGGUGGGGAUAGAGUGGGGAUGGUCCCGUGCCGCACACAUGUACGUGUUGCAUACGUGCGCACACAUAUGUAUACAGCACGUAGCCUGUGUGCGGCACGAGAGCCAUCCCCACCACCGCUGUCGCGAUGUGGCUGACGUUCUCAUUUUCUCAAACGUGAGUCGUGAAACGGCAUCGCUACAGUCGGUAGCGAGUAGCGAGACUAGUGAGUCAGUAACACUCAACGGUGGAUUUCGGUUCCGUCGAGCGAACUCGACGAUAAGCGAGCAGACGCCCGCACAUGUUACUAACGAGUGAAUAAAAUAGCAAGUGCUUGACGCGAAAACGCUUGCGAUUCCGCAAAUAGACAAAACUUUAGAUAUAAUGCCGUUGGCAACUCUAGCGGCCCCUUGGACCGAGCAUCGCACAGAUGAAAAGCAAAGCACAGAAAUUCUUCCGGCCGAAAAUCAGGAAGAAACAAUGGUCACUCAGGGAAAUUCGAUCGAAAGAUCGAACUGUUGCUCCGAGUCUCACGAGAUCGAGGUGCGCGACAUGGCGAGGAAUGGUUAUGAGAAAGCCGAACCUUCUUACUUUGAAUUGUUAAAAGUCCUUGGCCAAGGAUCCUUUGGCAAGGUGUUUUUAGUGAGAAAAGUUGUUGGAAAAGACAGCGGAACUCUGUACGCUAUGAAAGUCUUGAAGAAGGCGACCUUGAAAGUUCGCGAUAGAGUCAGAACGAAAAUGGAGAGAAACAUAUUGGUAGACGUGGAGCAUCCGUUCAUCGUCCGACUGCAUUAUGCCUUUCAAACCGAGGGAAAACUCUAUUUAAUUCUAGACUUUCUGAAAGGUGGCGAUCUCUUUUCCAGAUUGUCCAAAGAGGUAAUGUUUACAGAAGAUGACGUCAAGUUUUAUCUGGCUGAACUAGCACUCGCGUUGGAUCACAUACAUAAACUUGGAAUCAUUUAUCGAGACUUGAAGCCCGAAAACAUUCUGUUGGACACGGAAGGCCACAUAUCUCUGACGGAUUUUGGCUUGAGCAAACAGCCUUUGGAUGACUCGAAAGCGUAUUCGUUUUGCGGCACCGUCGAAUAUAUGGCACCGGAGAUUGUUAACCGAAAAGGACACACUUGUACAGCGGAUUGGUGGAGCUUCGGUGUCUUAAUGUUUGAAAUGCUGACGGGCGCUCUUCCGUUUCAAGGUACAAAUCGUAAAGAGACGAUGACGCAAAUCUUGAAAGCUAAACUCGGAAUGCCGCACAAUCUUUCGACAGAGGCGCAGGCGCUUUUAAGAGUGUUGUUCAAGAGAAAUCCGGCAAAUCGUCUUGGAUCUGGCGGAGUGGACGAGAUUAAAAGCCACAUCUUCUUCGCCACCAUCGAUUGGGACGCUCUUUACAAAAAGGAGAUAAGACCGCCGUUUAAGCCAGCUGUUAGGGAAGACGAUGCCUUUUACUUCGAUAACGAAUUUACCUGUAAAACACCUAAAGAUUCUCCUGGAGUACCACCUAGCGCAAACGCGCACGAAUUAUUCCGCGGAUUCAGCUUUGUCGCGCCGGGUUUGCUCGCGGAUGCGGAUCACGUAAUGUCUCCCGAAUAUAGAAACUACGAUAACAUCAGCGCUAUCUUUCCAACCUAUGUCAAUCCCGUUUCCAUAACUGACGAAUAUGAAUUUAAACACGAGAUUGGCAGAGGAAGCUACAGUGUCGUAUAUUUGGCCGUUCACAUAGCAUCCAAGAUGGAGUACGCUGUAAAGGUGAUUGAGAAAUCGAAGCGAGACUCGACGGAUGAAAUAGAGAUCCUCUUGCGAUACGGAAGGCACCCGCACAUCGUAACGUUGAGAGCGGUUCACGAGGAUGAUAAACGAGUGUAUCUCGUGUUGGAACUUUUGCGCGGUGGCGAACUUCUCGAUCGUUUGCUACAGAGAAGGAAUUUCACCGAAAGGGAAGCCGCCGAGGUCAUUUACACUGUUACCAGUGUGGUGCACUAUCUUCACGAGAACGGAGUCGUUCACAGAGACUUAAAGCCGUCGAACAUUCUCUACACGAAACCGGGCGGUGACCCAGCGACACUUUGUAUAUGCGACCUUGGUUUUGCGACGCAAUUACGAGCGGAGAACGGUCUGCUGAUGACGCCCUGUUACACAGCCAACUUUGUAGCACCCGAAGUGUUGAAGCGCCAAGGAUAUGACGCAGCGUGUGACAUUUGGUCACUGGGAGUUUUAUUGUACAUCAUGCUAGCUGGGUACACGCCUUUCCGCAACAGCCCGGGGGAUAGCGCGAGCGAUAUAUUAGGUCGUAUUGGCUCAGGAUAUAUAGACGUCGAAAGCGGGAUAUGGUGUCAUAUUUCCAACGAAGCUAAGGAACUAGUUAAGAGGAUGCUGCACUUGGAUCCCACUCGAAGACCUACGGCAGCUAUGAUUUUGAAAUAUCCAUGGAUUGUAAAUCGACAUCGUAUCCCUCCAAAAGUAUUGCCGGAUGUUAUUAAAGAUCCGCAGAGUCUCAAGAUGGCAGUCGCGGAGACGUAUAGAAUGAUAGCGAGUAGUCCGAGAUCGCCGCAUAUCGGUCCCGUGGUCAUGUCCGAAUUGGCACGUCGUCGAACACAAGGCAAAUCCGGUGGGGCUCUUGCCCAAGUUUAACUUUCACAUUUCUUGUACAGCUUUUAUCUCUUAUCUCUACAAAUUUCAAUACUUAGGAUAACAAAAUCAUAUUUCAAAGUACAAGCGAAGGUAGUUUAAAGUGCCCAUGUUGUAAAUGACCUUGAUAUCGUCGUGGAAAGUAUAUGUAUAACGGAACGUUUAUAACAGUGAGCCGAAUGUGAUAUUUA